AUGGCCCAGACGGAGAAUGAGGACGACGAGCACUCUGGGACGGAAACCACAAACUUCACCUUUGUCACUAGCCAGGGCCAACAUGGCGUCCGCAGUCAUGCCAUGCGCGAGUACUGGAAACAGCGGCGGCGCAAGCUGAGCGAAAAGAAGGCCAACGAGGCAGGACACAAGCCAUACCUACCUAUCCGGCCGCGGAAGAAAAACUCUGGCCACGUUGCUGGCGCUUCUCCAUCACGGUCGCAGUCGCAGUCGCAGUCGCGGUCGCGGUCGCAGUCGUCCUCUGCCUCGCCUGGCCAUUCCAGCCCGCCAUCAAGAACGAAGCGCAGCCCUUCAGGCCCGCGGUCCAAGGCGAAGCAACCGUCCGUGGCCCUCGGCAGCAUUCAGUCUCAGGCUCUAUCUGGAAUGAAUCGUGCCCUGGGGUCCAGUCGGUUGGAUCCGUUUGACAAGUUUCCUGUCAAAUUAACAGCCCAGCAUCACCGGCUCCUUCACCAUUGGCUGAGCAAGUAUGCUACCAUGAUGUUUAAUGACCUGCCGCGAAGUUUCAACCCAAUGCGCGACGUCUGGCUACCCCUAGACUUGUCCAACGCAGCAUCGUUUAAUGCCGUAAUGGCCCAUUCAGCUGCCCAUCUUGCUCGAAUGCAAGGAUUCCGAACCUCUGCAGAGGCAUUGAAGUUCAAGGCAGAGGCGAUGAGAAUCGUCUCCGUCUGGAUGAAGGACAAGCACCUCGCUCUGAGCGACGAGGUCUUUGCGGCCGUGCUGCGGCUCCUGACGUACGAGCGAUAUUGGGGCACUGAAGCAGAGUGGAGGAUCCACCGCGACGGAUUGCAGCGCAUGAUCGCCGCCCGAGGCGGACUUGCGGCUCUACAGAGCAACUGGCGACUGGGAUUGGUUGCUUCGCUUAUAAGUCUCAUGGCCAAGCCAUCGUGGUUUGACACCUCUAACCAAAUCAAGGAGAUCUGGAACCCGUCGUUGUCGGCUGCACUACAGCCUAUUUUGAACGACAGCACUAGUCUUCAUCGUAUUCGGUGCUUGUGGCUUCUAUCCUUCGUUCAAGAUAUAGGCAACUUUAUGAGCAGUCCGUCGAACAAGAAUGGCUUGACCAACAGAACCUGCAUACAGAACGCAGUCGUCCUGAUCCAAACGGAUAUGCGGCAACACGAGUCCAAAAAUUCCCGUUUCGAAGACUGCCAAGAGGGAGAGUACAGACGCCUGGCUUGUCUUUUCUUCAUCUCUGUCAUAUUGCAAGCCUCCAUGAGCAGGGACACGGAUACAAACAUCAGCCAAAGGUCUAGCGAACCUGAGCUCAUGCACUCGGACGACGUGGCCUCGUUGGAGAAGCAUCUUGACGAAUAUAGAGACUUUUGGCACAAUUCGACACAACGCCUUUACACUUGUUUGUUCCAAACGUUUGCUGUGCAGUCAGCUAGAGCCUCCAAAACAGACUACGCCCUAAACAUGGCUAAUGUUCUUGGGUCAAUGAGCAGUGAGGCUCGGCAUGGGGUGGAGAGGACUCUAAUUCAUUUAUUGUGCCAGGAUUCGACCGACUCGAGAGAAAUCUAUGAGCCUGAAUGGACACCGGAUACUUUAUUAUCAACCCUUCACGGCGCUUGA